AUGGUUGAUAUUGUUGAUGAUAGUAUGCAUAAUAUGCCUAAUAUUGAUAUAAAAGAAGAAGAGGAAGUUGAUUUUAAUUUAAAUGAAGCUGGAAAUAAGAAAAAGCUUUACAGCUCUGAUGAUUCAAAAGAUUAAAAUGAUAAUUAAAAUAAUGUUCUUGAGCCUUCUGUUUUGAAUGUAGAAGCUACAAACGGUAAUAUACCAGAAAGUGAUAUUCUAUAAUAAGUAAACGAAACUAUGGACAUCGAAUAAAAAGAAAAAGCAAGUGAAAGCAAACAAAAAAAAUAAUAAAAAGACAACAACAAAGAUAUGUCAGAAGGUAGCUAAUUAGAAAAUGAAGAUUAUAAAGAUGCUGAGUCAAGCUAAAGCAAAACAACUUCAGAUGAAGAUUACUAAAAUCCCUUAGAAAAGGGAAUGGUAAUGGAAGAAUAUGAAGAUGAUGAUGAGUUUAUUGGUGUAGAAGAAGAGAUUCCUUCCACUCAAUUAGAGCAAAGGAAGAAUUCUAGGAAAUCAAAUGAGAAAAGAGGGCAGAGAAAGAAAAAAAUGAUUGAAUCUGAAGAAGGAGAUGAGGAAGAUUCUUCUAAUUCAAGUUCUGGUUUUUCAUAAAGAAAAAACUAACUUAAUUAAAAGAGAAAUACUUCUACAAGAACUAGGAGAAGAAGAAGAUAAAACAGUUAAAUUAAUGAUUCUACUUUUAGUGAAAUAAAACCAUAGAAAAGAACUCGUAGAAAAAAAACAAAUGUAGAUGAAUCAGGAUUAAGUUUCAAUAAUAAAGAAGAUAAUCAACUCAUACAAGAUGCAAUAGAUUUUAUUAAAAGUAAACCGAGAAGAAGAAGGACAAGCAAAAAAGAAAAUGUAAAAUUGGAUUCUGAAUUUUUAGAAAAAAUACAAAAAAAAGCAAAAUCAAAUGAAAAAGAAGUUCCUAAUAAUUUAUAGCAAAUUAAUUUAAAUUAAAAUGGCUAAGGACAACAAAAUGGGAAUAUACCAUAAUAAUUCAUUGAUCUAAAUAAGACAAUCUCAAAUGAAAUUUAAUUUUAACAAAUAAAUCCUUAAUUGAUACAGUAAUAGUUAUAAUUUUAAAACUUAGCCUAGCUCUAGUUAUAAGCAAUGCAGCAAUUACCAUUUAUAUUAUAGAAAUAACAGCAAUAAUAAUAAUAAUAGUAGUAAUAGUAGAAUUAACAAUAAAAUGGCUAAUUACAAGCAGCUUUAGCUAAUCCACUUUUACUUUAGAAUUACUAAAAUUAAUUUCUUUUGUAAGCUUAAAGAAACGCUGAAAUGCUCAUGAAUGUUAAAAAGGAGGAUCUUUCAAAUUAACCACUACUAAAUCUAGGUUUGCAGUAACAAAAUUUAGAGGAUAAUAAAAAUUUACCAAAGUAAACAACUCAACUUGUACAAUAGAAUUCUAACAGCAACCAAACAAACGGAAGACAUAGAACUGGAAGGAGAGGAAGAGGUAGUGUUUAAUCUAACUAAACUAGUGGGAAAAAUUCUAAAGUAGAUGAAAGUUUUACUGUAGAUGAUUUAGGAAGAAGAAAGAAGUAUAAUACGAGAAGGAAGAUUCAAAAAUAGAACUAUGCUGAAAGUCCUUUGAAUGAAGAUAGAGAUAAGGAGGAGAAUAAAACCUCUGAAUAAAAAGAGAAAUCUGGAAAUAAAGAUUAAAGAAGUUUAGAAGAAGUUGGUAAUGCUGCAAUAGAUGAGUCAAAUAUAGAGUUAAUUGAGAAAAUUCAAAAGAAAGCUGAAGAAAAAAAAUUAGGAAAGGAAAUUGAAUAAUAGUUAAAAGAUUUGUUGAGCAAAAUAGAAAAUGAAAAGUAAAAUUAAAUUCUUAGUCAGAUAGUGAAUAAAUACAACUUAAACACUGAAAAAAUAAAAGAAUCAUAACCUCCAAAGUAAAACAGUAAAACUAAAGAAGAUGUAAAGAAAAAAGGAACUACAAAAGAAAUAAUAUUGAAUCCUCAUUAAACUCUUACAUAAUAACUUGAAGUUAUUGAUAAUAUAUCUGUUGAUAGUGCAAACGGUGUUAACAUUAAUUACAGAGAGUCAGGUUCGUCAGAUGAAAAUCUGAAUCAAAUUAAAAAUGUUGUAGAUCUUGAUAAAGAAAAAGAGCUGAAAAAACCAAAAUAGUUAUAAACAUCAUACAAGUUGUUGAAUUAUGAUAAGUUAGAAUAAAAAGGUAAUAUUUGUUCAAAAGGAAGACAAGAUGACAAAAAGACUGCUUAGCCUGCGAAUAAUCUAGAUUAAGCAUCUUAAAAUGAAGAAAGUGAUGAAGAAGAUGAUUAUAUUAGAGAUGAAGUAAUUCCAAUUACAGGUCAUUUUAAAUAUAAAGAUAAAGCUGCUGGAGUCCUUUCAUCAAAAAUAUUAAAUAAAAAUAUAUAUCUUGAAAUAUAAUGGGAAAAAAGAAAAAAUGGUGUGACACCAACUCCUACCAUCAUUAAUACUCAUGAAGUAAAAGCAUAUGACACUGAUUUCUUAAUAGAUUUUUAUGAAUCUAAAAUAUUAAAAACAAAUGAAUCAAAAGCCUAAAGACUACCUAAUCAAUAAGUUAGUGGUUCUAAGAAUUCACAUAUUGAGUAACUCAGAUAAGAUGUUCAUAAAAACUAAAUGCAAGUAUCUUUACAGCAAAAAGAUAAAUAUUAUAAAUUAGUAGAACCCAAAGAAAACUAAGCACUCUCUUUACUUGAUAGCCAGACAAAUUAAUCUAAAAAUACAGAAAAUAAAACUGUGAGUAACAAUUAAGGUAACACCAGCAACGUUCUAAACCAAAACAAAAAGUAAAUCGACCUUGAUUAGUAAAGUGAUAACGAAAGCGGUGAUGAGGAAAUUACCCAAAAAGAUAAAAAUAAAAUCUAUUAAAUAGAUACACCAUCUAGUAAAUCAAGUGAAGAAUUUUGCAUUGAUCCUUACAGAAAAUUCAUAGAGGAUGAAGGUCUUCUCCCAGAAUAAUUACAAUAAGAAUUAAAAGAAAAACUCGUUUUUUGA